AGAUGACUAUCAAAAUACCAGAAAGGCAGUUUUAAAAGCCGAAGAUACCAGUGAUCUGAACACUGAUGUCGAGAUGACUGUGAGAAGAAAAAAAAUUAACAGGAUUUCAAGUGACUCCUCAGAAGAAGAUGAUGUUCUAGUGAAAAUCAGGACUCCCCCAAAAUUUACUGGGAAAUCAUUCAAAGCAAAUGAUAAAAAUGGCAACAACCAAAAUCUUAGUAAGAAUGUUGAUCUCACUAAUUCUAAUCUAAAUGAUUCAUUGGGAUUCGAGAGACACGAUAACGGACAAGCAAAUGAAUCAGUUAACGCUUCUGCUCCUAAACAUGUGCAACCAAGUGUGCGACCUAGGACAAUUGCAAGUAAUAAUUCAAAUGAUCCAAAAUGUACAUGUUGUCCUGUCCAUGUUCACUAUAUAAAAGAAAUAUUGAGACAACUUACAUUUAUCAAGAGCCGCGUUGAUGAUAUUCCCAUUGAGCCAAUUUUGAAGAACCCUGCGUCUCUGCACGUCUCUGAAUUGAAUAAUGCGUUAAAGGAUACAAAUUUUUUUGAGAAAGCGGUUAAUGAGCUAUCUAGAUUAGGGGGGAGAAACAUCUAUGACUUCUGUGUUAGAUGUUUGAAGAAAGUCAUGACAGAUGAGCUAGCUAACCAAUAUAGUUGGUUAGGCAGAAGAAAUAAAAAGAACUUCAGUGUAAUGGAAGUCUCAAAGCUAAUAAUUGCUGCUGCUGAGGCUGGGGGCAAGGCAAAAAACAAGAAGGAGGUGGAAGAUGCGGUUUCUGGCUGGCUACGAAGGGCUAACGAUAGAAUAAAAUCGAAACGAUAAAUUUUAGGUUUUUUAUGUCUAAUAAUGUUUUGUUUAGAAUAUUUAGAGUUUAUGUUUUGUUUAAUUCCUGCAAUAAGGAUGGCAUCUCAAGUUCUGUUUAGAGUUCGAAUUGUGAUAUAAUAAGAAUAAUUGUUGAUUUUUUAUUUAGGUACCUACCUACCUACUUGUUCAAUUAUCUAUUUUCCUGGAAUAAAAGUAUGUAAUCUACUAAUGUACCAUUAAUUCAUUAUUUCAAUCAUCCAAGCUUGAAGCAAAAUUUGAAAUUUCAAUUUUUAGAGCCUGUAAAAUGGGAUUUAAAAAGUACGUCUUGUGUAUGUCCAUAUGACGUUCU